GAAACUGCGUAAGUUUUCAGUCAGCAUCUCACGUUAGUCUACGUGGAUCCGAUUGAAAAGAAUCACAGUCGUUUCGGCAACGUCCGUCUACAAAGUCGUCAGAACUUCAUAUUCAAGACUGGUUCAAGGGACAGCCAUGACAUACAGUUUGGGAUGUUGUCACAGAUACUCUUGUCUGUACAAAUUGUUUUUUGGUGUACCAGUCAGUGGUAGAAUUAAGGCUGAGCUUGUCCCCAGGCCAGAGGCAACCAGCAACAAUUGUCUCAGACUGUACCAUGCUUGUAGGGCAACAUGUUGGUCACACCAUUUCUACAAUAUGAAUAGAGAAGGAAAACUGUUCAGGCCUUAUAUUUCCUUGUGUAAUUCAGAAGUGCUGAUGGUACAGAGGUCGAGCAAACACUUUGUAGUUAAUUCAGCAUCAUUUUCAAAAAUCAUUCAGUCCAGAAGAUGCUUCUCAGCUGAGAACAGACCACAUGGUAAAAAUGGCAUAAUGAAGACACUGUUGGAAGAUGAACCUAAGAUGAGAUCUGAUGAAGAAGAUUUGUCACUCGGCAGUAAAUCUUCAUCAAGGCAUGAUCAGACUGGUGUGGAAGAGGUAAGGACUCUGGCUCAGGCUGUCCUCGAGGAAGCUGUUAAGGUGGACAAGAUGUGUAUGUCCAUACCGGUACGGAGUGUGGAGAGAGUCAUCCAUCACCUGCUAUCUGAGGGCUUCAACAUGGAACAGGUGAAGGAACUACUGAUGAAGAAGACGGGACUCAUCACCUCCAGGAGGCUGAAACAAGUCCUUCAGCUGCUCAAACGCUAUGGGUUUCAAGCGUCAGACAUCUUUAGAAUGUUGAUGACAGUUCAGGACCUGUCUCUGCUUCAGCAGGAUCUGCUGAAUAACCUGUAUGAUACUCUACUGAGAGCUGGUUUUAGUGACAGGCAUCUUCAGGAUGUGAUCAUAAAGGAGCCAAGGUUACUAGGUCUUGAUAGUAAAUACAUCUUGGACAGGGUGACCUUGAUGAAACAGUAUUUCAAAAAAGAUGAUGUUCUAGGAAUUGUCUGCCAAACACCAGAUGUAUUAUUGGCGAACUGGGAUGACAUCCUGGGAAAGUUUAAUUAUGUUUUUGGUGAAAUGAAGGUUUCCCAGAGACAAAUGGUGACUGCUAGUUUGUUCAGUUACUCCCUAGAGCAUGUGAGAAAUCGCCAUGUGUUCCUGCUGCGAGCUGGGUUCUUCACAGAGGACAAGCACCUGCGAUGUAGCAAUCCUAUCCUCAAAGACAUUAUAGGCACCAGUGAUAUUCAGUUUGCCAAACAGUUCGGUGGAAUGCAUGAAGCUGAAUACAAGACAUUUUGUAAACUACAAGCUAAAUUUGAAAUGAAAAAAGACAAUGCCGAGACAGACUCUGACGACAAGGUAGCUAUGGAUAAUGCAGAAGACUCAGGCUCGGACUUUGAUGACAACUAUGAUGAGGACUUCGACGACACUGAUAGCUACUACACUGAUGUUGAUGAAGAUACCAGAUCAGAUGAAAGCUACAUGUCCGACAUUUGUAUUGAUCUGUCCAAAGAUGUUGGCGACGAAAGUUAUAUAGGUGAAGACAGAAACACCAUGGAGGCAGGAAGUGAUGAAGACGAUGAUGUUGAUGAGGAAGACGAUGAAGACAAUGAUAAGUGCCUGGUUCAGCUGACUAAGCCUUACAACCCAAACAAGAAUGACGUGCCAGACAGUGAUGGACAAUUUGAUAAAACUUCUGAUUUAGACUGGGGUAACUUGAAGGCACUGAUCAUGAUGGCUGAUGGUCCUGGAAUUGCGGACUGGUUCUCGAAAAGAAAUAUUUCACCAGCAGCUAAAAACGAAACUGGUAACUUCUGGCCUUUGAAUCUAGCAGCUAGGAUUGGGAGUUCAAGUAUUUUCAAUUUUCUACUUGGUGAAGGCUUUCCUUUAGAUAACCUUAUUCAUCCUUUCUUAGAAGCCUCCCUGAACCACGAGUUUGACAUCAUGGAGAGGUUGCUUGAAAUUGGUGUUGAUGUAAAUGUAUGUGAUCUGAGCGGUGCGACAGCUCUACAUUUAGUUGCCAAGCAAGUGACCUGUAAGCCCCAGAAGAUCAAGUUUCUGUUGUCCAAUGGAGCUCGCAUUGAUCAAAAAGAUAAUUCGGGAAUGACUCCACUUCACUAUGCUGUUAUGAUGGGUUCUAUGGGAAGUGUGAUAGCGUUUCUGAGGGGAGGUGCUUCUGUGGAUAUUCUGAGUGGCAAAGGGCGGCCUGUUUUACAUAUGGCAGUUUAUCGAGGGUUGAAGAUGGUGGUCCUUCUGUACAAAGCUGGCGCCAGGCCUGGAACCUCUCCAGCAUAUAGUGAAGUUUCCGCAGCUUGGAAACACGAGAAUAUAAACCUACUGAAGUUCUUUAUCAAAAGGAAUGCUUCUGUUCAAAUACCUGUGACAAUGAUGACACGAUUAAACUUAGAUGACCUUGACAAAGUAGCUAAGAUGCUGGAUCUGUUGGUUGGUGCAGGGUACUGUCCUCAGUCAGAGCUCCUGCUUGAGGUAUCUAACGGAUCAGACUUCUGUAAGUCAACACUGGACAGACUUCAGCAGGUACAGAGUAAUGCCAGAAGCUUACAGGAGCUUGCUUGUUUUAAGAUUCGGGACAUUAUCCGGAACCAGCCCCAAGGCAUCCUGGAGGUAGUGAGACACCUCGACCUGCCUGACGUUCUGAAGGAUGUAUUGUUGUUAAAGCAUGUCAUUGGAAAAUAAUCAUCAUUGUCAUAUGUUUGAUAUACAACCAAGGGCAGAAGUAACUGUGAUCUUUUUAUCUUGCUGUGCUCGCAUAUUGUUUUGAGCUUCUUGGUUCAUUUUCUUUGAAAAUUUAAUGCUAAGAUUUAAAUGGGCUCAAAUGCACCUCAUUAUUAUUCUUUAUAUAGAAUUGAAAUUCAUUUGGAUGUUCUUGAGACGUGUCAUGCUGAAACAUCCACUUAUUUUCAUUCCCUUCAUUGGAUAUGUAGUAUGUACAGCCUUGUAAAC